AUGUUGGUCAAUUCGUCGUCUCCAUCUUCGGUUCAUCCACACAGUAAACUUUUAAAUUCAUCAUCCUCUUCGAGUAAUAAUAAUAACAUGACGAUUUCUAACAAAUCUGCAGUGGCGAGUCAACCUGUAUUCAUUAAUACUACUUCAACUUCAUAUUCUGCCUCCUAUACGAAUCUAAAACAACAACAAUCGGCACCAAUUUCAAUGGCUAACACCACAAAUAAUAAUAGCAAACAUAUUACGAGACAAUCCUCCACUCUAACUUCUUAUUCAUCCUCCAAUAAUAUCAACAACAACAGCAACAAUACAAAGAUUAUCAAUUCAAAGCCCGUUCUGCAGAUCAACUCUACAAAUUUUGGCGACAAACUCGCACAUAAUGUUAUUCAUCAAACAGAAACAUUUAAAACAAUACCCAACAACACUAAUUAUUCCCAAAUCAAUCCAAAAACUCUUUAUAGCACCGAUUACAAUAUUCAGUCAACCAGUAACAGUCCACCACUGGCUAACAAGGCAGGCACCUCCAAACACAGUAAUAUUCAAAGCUGUGUGCACCAUCAACAACCAAACACUAUUUCAAAUACAGUGACAAACUCCACCGCACAAAAUAUCAAUAAUAUUAAUAGACAAGUCAGGAGUACAAGUAAUGGAAGUGAUGUCCUUCCAUUGAAUCUUGGUGUUAACACAAUGAGAACAAAUAGCAGCAAUGGUCAACAUAUUAGGGGGCUUGCAAUAAGUACUUCCUCACUAACAACAAACUCCUCAACCAAACUACCUCCUCUUUCCCUUCAUCGAUUGGAAAAAUCUACCUCUGAGUCAUCAUUGGAAAAUUUACAUAAUCACCACCAUCAACAUGGUGCUGAACCAGCAACACCAAGAGUUGUUAAUCUUGACAAGUAUUUUAAAUUUGCUCAACUAAUUAUGGACGAGGAGGCAUGUGAGGUUUUUCUUGAAUUUUUGAGAAGGAAACGAAAUGAAGAAAACUUGGAGUUUAUUCUUCAAGUUUCUGCUCUUAAAAAGAUUCCAACACUAAGUCAUGGAUAUGCUAUUGAAAUUUUGCAAAGAAUUCGUUCUGAUUUUCUAACUAACGGCGCCAGUACGAACUGAAUGUUAGCAAACAUGUCAAAUCACUCUCGAUUGACAGGAUUGAUCGCUGUUUACAACAAUCAAUGCCAUCAAGUCAUUCUUCACUCAAUUUUGCCAGUUCUCCUGUUGAUUCUCUUAUCCAAUCCUCUUCGCCAUCUACUGUUUCGACUCUAACUUAUUCAACAACAGCCAAUUCUGUGGACAACUCAUACGAUUCUCC